AUGGAGAACUUUCCCACCGAGUAUUUUCUCAACACCAGCGUGCGCCUUCUCGAGUAUAUCCGAUACCGAGACAGCAAUUACACCCGAGAGGAGCGCAUCGAGAACUUGCACUAUGCUUACAACAAGGCUGCCCACCACUUUGCUCAGCCGCGCCAACAGCAGCUGCUCAAGGUAGACCCUAAGCGACUACAGGCUUCUCUCCAAACAAUCGUUGGCAUGGUCGUAUACAGUUGGGCAAAGGUGUCCAAAGAGUGCAUGGCGGAUCUAUCUAUUCACUACACCUACACUCUCGUUUUGGAUGACAGCAGCGAUGAUCCUUAUCCUGCUAUGCUGAACUAUUUUGGCGACCUUCAAGCCGGACGAGAGCAGGCCCAUCCAUGGUGGGCACUUGUCAACGAGCACUUUCCCAACGUCCUUCGCCAUUUUGGACCCUUCUGCUCAUUAAAUCUUAUCCGUAGCACGAUGGACUUUUUUGAGGGAUGCUGGAUUGAGCAGUACAACUUUGGAGGAUUCCCAGGAUCUGAUGACUACCCUCAAUUCCUUCGACGCAUGAACGGUUUGGGUCACUGUGUUGGGGCUUCUCUAUGGCCCAAGGACCUGUUCGAUGAGCGGAAGCAUUUCCUUGAAAUCACGUCAGCCGUUGCCCAGAUGGAGAACUGGAUGGUUUGGGUCAACGAUCUCAUGUCGUUCUACAAGGAAUUCGACGAUGAGCGUGACCAAAUCAGUCUGGUCAAGAACUUUGUCACCUGUCACGAGAUCACUCUCGAUGAAGCUUUGGAGAAGCUCACGCAGGAAACUCUGCACUCGUCCAAGCAGAUGGUUGCUGUCUUCUCGAACAAGGACCCUCAGGUGAUGGACACGAUUGAGUGUUUCAUGCACGGCUACGUCACGUGGCACUUGUGCGACGCCAGAUACCGGCUCCAUGAGAUUUAUGAAAAGGUCAAGGAUCAGGAUACAGAGGACGCCAAGAAGUUCUGCAAGUUCUUUGAGCAAGCAGCCAAUGUCGGCGCCGUUGCGCCCUCGGAGUGGGCUUACCCACCAGUUGCACAGCUGGCAAACGUUCGGGCCAAGGGCGACGUGAAGGAGGCUCAGAAGCCCUUCCUAAGUUCGAUUGAGCUAGUGGAGUGA